UGUGAGUGAGGAAACCUGGACUAACAUGGCCGUGAACCUGAGUAAGAACGGUCCUGCGCUCAUGGCCGCCUACAAAGAGGUGGUGGACGGCAAGUCGGACACAAACUGGGUGCUGUUCACUUAUGAAGGGAACAGUAACGACAUCCGUCUGGCAGAGAAAGGAGAUGGUGGAUUGGAGGAGAUGGUGGAGGAGCUCAGCAGUGGGAAGGUGAUGUACGCUUUCUGUCGUGUCCCGGACCCCAACUCUGGUCUGUCCAAAUUUGUCCUCAUAAACUGGACGGGUGAAGGAGUGAAGGACUCUCGUAAAGGAAUGUGUGCGAACCAUGUGAGCUCCAUGGCCAGUUUCCUGAAGGGAGCCCAUGUGACCAUAAACGCCCGGGGGGAGGAGGACGUGGAGCCGGAGACCAUCCUGACCAAAGUGUCCAAAGCGUCUGGAGCAAACUUUAAUUUCUACAAACAGACAGAGUACAGAGACGCCCCGCGAGGACCCGUGGGUUCAGUUUAUCGCAAAGUCAACGCUGUGGAGGAGAUUCAGCAAACCAGGAAGGACGACUUCUGGGACCAAACUCAGAGGGACGAACGGGUUCGUCGACAGGAGGAGCAGACACGAGCAGAGCGGGAGAGACAGAGGCUGGAGGGGGAGAGGAGGGAGCUGGACGAGAGGCAGAGGAAGGAGAGGGAGAGGAAGGAGAGGGAGAGAGCGCAGCAGAUCGAACAGGAGAGGAUUCAUCAGAAGCAGAGAGAAGAAGAAGAACGAGAGAGGGAGCAACAGAGACGGAACCAGCCGGAAAAAGAAACCAGGAAGUCGGGCAUCAACUCUGCAGCGUCGGUGCAGAAAGCUAACGAAGCCAGAUCACUGAUCUCUCAGAGAUCGUUUAACCCCAGAGACAUCUUCAAGCAGAGGGAGCAGAGCUUUGAGGCCAUCGGCAAAGCUUCUCCUGCUGCGCCCAGACCAGGGAGGCUGCGGAGUCCGUUUGUAUCUCAGAAUGCCUUCGACAGAGAAACCCCGGUGCAGCCUCAGCAUCCACCUUCUGUAGCUGUGACCCCCCCAUCUCCUGUCACACCUGUCUCACCUGUGUUGUCUCGCUCACCUGCUGCAGCUGUGUCCCCCCCAGAGACCACAGGCUCACCUGUUCAGCCUGCAGACGAGGAGGAGUGGUCUGAUGAGUUUGAUGACGACGCAGAGGAAGUGACGAUAGCAGAGUAUCGCUCUCACGGUGAUCUGUACAGAGCAGAGCAGCCGGCGGCAGCAGAGGAGGACCUGUACGAAAACGUUUACGAGCAACAGGACACAGCUGAAGAACAGGAGGCAGAAACCAACGGAGAGAACAUCUGUGCCAGAGCGAUAUAUGACUACCAGGCUGCGGACGACACUGAGAUCACCUUUGACCCCGAUGACAUCAUCACCGGGAUAGAGAUGUUGGAUGAGGGCUGGUGGAGGGGUUACGGACCUGACGGACACUACGGCAUGUUUCCCGCCAAUUACGUGGAGCUUCUCUGACUUUCUUCACCCUCUUUCAUGUUAAUCACAAAGUUCAGGUGCAAACAUUAGUAUGAAGCUGAGAACCAAUCAGCUGACAGACAGGAAGUGACAAAAUAAACUAGUUUGCGAUGUCUCUGUUCAAACAUCACUGGAUUCAGACUCACAAUAAAUGCUGUUGUUCUUAUAGUGUAAGUGUGUUUGUACCACACAUUAUUAAAUCCAUUAUUUAUUCUCCUGUGUAAAUGAAACUGAGCGACACUAGAGCUGCUGUGGAGCAACCUGUGAGGGGAACGUGGUCUCACACUUUGACACCACUGUGUAUAAACUAACCCUGUACUGACAGGUGUUCCUAAUAGUUUGU